AUGACUUGCUAUGAGGUUUUAAUUUUAAGUGAAAGACUCCAUUCAGUGACAGCACAGUUUGAUCAGCUUAAAGCUGUACGCUUCCAGGAUGCUACUAAUAGAGCAAUACCGUGUAGAAAACUUAACCGUGUGACUAGAAAAGAUUCUGUAGAAACCUCUAAAUCAGAUGAAUUGGAGCUCAAAGAACCUGAUGAAUUACACAGUGAGCCUCUAAGGGUCCAACAACUCUUGGAUGAUGAAACGCGUGCCCUUCAAAUGGAAUUGUCUAGUCUUCUAGAUACAGUUCAAGAAACUGAAACUAAGAUGGUGGAAAUGUCUACACUAAAUCACCCCAUGUCUACACAUGUUUUGCAACAAGCUCAGCAAAUUGAGCAUUUGUAUGAGCAGUUGACCACAUAUUUGGGUGAGGUAACUACUUCAUAUGUAUCUAUGUUGCCUAACCUGCCAACACUGUUAAGUAAAGCUAGAGUAGGAAUUGAUCCAAACAAGGUGAAAAGUGUAGUGGAAUGGGCAAUUCUUCCCAAUGUUAAAGGAGUAAGGGGACUUUUAAGAUUGAACAUAGAUUAUUGA